CAAUGGCUUUCAAGUUCGUAACAUUCGCCACCCUUUUGGCCGCCGCCAACGCUGGUCUCAUCAGCUCCCCAUUGGGUUACUCCGCCCCAGUAGCCAAGUUCGGUUAUGCUACUCCAGUCGCCAAAUUGGGAUACGCCGCUCCAGUUGUAGCCAAGGUUGCUGAGGAAUAUGACCCAAACCCACAGUACUCUUACGGAUACGAUGUCCAGGAUGCCCUCACCGGUGACAGCAAGUCCCAACACGAAACCCGCAAUGGAGAUGCCGUCCAAGGAAGUUACUCUUUGGUCGAUGCUGACGGUUUCAAGAGGACCGUAGAAUACACCGCCGAUCCCAUCCACGGAUUCAACGCCAUCGUCCACCGUGAACCUUUGGGUGUUAAAGUAGCUGCUCCAGUUGUCGCUAAGGUAGCUGCCCCAGUCGCCUACUCCGCCGCUCCAGUUGCUUACUCUUCCCCUUUGGCUUAUGCCGCUCCAGUAGCUAAAUUUGCCGCUCCAUUGGCCUACACCGCCCCAGUCGCUAAAGUAGCUUACGCCGCUCCAGCCCAAUACUACCACCAUUAA